CAGCCUGGGAGGGACGGCAGGCGGGCAGGACGAGAGGGGCGGCCGCGGGCCAGCAGCCCCAGUCGGAGAGAGCACAAGCUGGGGAACCUCCAGGCUACCUCCACAUCCUGGUCCAGGCUGGGCGCGGUGUCCCCCCUUCCUGCCCUGUGCCCCCUCCUCUGAGAAGUCCGCCAUGGAAAGUAAGGAUGAAGUCAGCGACACCGACAGCGGCAUCAUCCUGCAGUCUGGCCCCGACAGCCCGGUGUCCCCCAUGAAGGAGCUCACCCACGCGGUGCGGAAGCAGCAGAGGGCCCUGGAGGCCCGGCUGGAAGCCUGCCUGGAGGAGCUGAGGAGACUCUGCCUGCGGGAGGCGGAGCUGACGGGCACCCUGCCAGCAGAGUAUCCCCUCAAGCCAGGGGAGAAGGCCCCCAAGGUCCGCCGCAGGAUCGGAGCAGCUUACAAACUGGACGAGUGGGCCUUGCACAGAGAGGACGGCCCGAGCAGCCUGGAGCGCCAGCUGGCCCUGCAGCUGCAGAUCACCGAGGCGGCGCGGCGGCUGUGCCUGGAGGAGCCGCUGAGCCGGCAGGCGCGGCGACAGCGGAAACACGCGGCGCUGCAGGAGGAGAAGAAGCUGCGGGAGCUGCAGCGCUGCCUGGGCGAGCGGAGGCGCAGCAGCCAGCCCCCCCCUGCCGCCACGCCCCCCCUGGGCCAAGAGCUCAGUGCCUCCGAUGACAGCUCCCUGUCAGAUGGGCUACUCCUGGACGAAGAGGAAUCCCAAGUGCCAAAACCUCCCCCAGAGUCCCCAGCCCCACCUUCCCGGCCUGUCCCACCCCAAAGCCUCGAGGGGCUGCAGCCAGCAGGACCUGAGAGUGGGGGCCUGGAGCGAGCCCCGAUCCAGAACAGCCCCUGGAAGGAGACCAGCCUGGACCACCCCUACGAGAAGCCCAGGAAGUCUUCCGAGCCCUGCAGCGAGUCCAGCAGCCCAGCCACCACACCGCAGGACGGGCCCGGCACCUCCAGCCUGUGGCUGCUGGAGCCCGUGUCCUACCAAAUGGUUCCCAUCCGCGGUGUUCCUGGACAGCGGCAGGGCCGCACCAGCGCCCCGGCCACCCCCGAGAUGCAGGGGAGGAGGGGCCAGUCACAGUCUCUGAGGAUGGAGUCCUUCCGGGCGGGGCCCGAGGGCCGCGGUCGCAGUGCCUUUCCCCGCCGCCGCCCCACCCACUACACGGUGACCGUGCCGGACUCCUGCUUCCCGCCCGCCAAGCCCCCGCUGCCCCCGGCUGCCUGCCACUCCUGCUCGGAGGACAGCGGCUCCGACGUCUCCAGCAUCUCGCACCCCACCUCGCCGGGCAGCAGCAGCCCCGACAUCUCCUUCCUGCGGCCUCUCUCCCCACCCGAGCCCCCUCGCCACCGCGGGGCCCGGGGCCCGGGCAGCAGAGAGCUGGCGGCCCACUGCCCCCAGCUGCUGCUGCCCCCUGGCUAUUUCCCGGCGGGGCGCUACGUGGUGGUGGCCGAGGGCCGCCCGCCGCCGGGCGAGUGGGAGCCGCGCCGCGCCGCCCCGGGCCCUGCCCGCGCGGAGGAGGCCGCCCCGCUGCGCUGCCAGCGCCCGGUGCCCUCGCACGGCCGCGUCGCGCGCGCGGCCUCGCUGAAGGACAGCCCCGCCGGCCGCGCGCUCAGCAAGGCCGCCGUCUCCGAGGAGCUCCGGUGGUGGCACGAGCGGGCUCGGCUCCGCAGCGCCCGCCCCCACUCGCUGGACCGCCAAGGGGCCUUCCGGGUGCGAAGCCUGCCCCCCGGGAGAGAGGGCUUCGGCCGAGCCCGGGCACAGGUGCCCACAGUGUGUGUGCUCCGGAGAUCACCCGAGGGGGCCCCUGUGCAAGUCUUUGUACCUGAGAAUGGAGAGAUCAUCAGCCAGGUGUAACCCAGGCCAGGUGUAACGAUGCCCCGGAUGCCUCAGCCCCGUCCCCAGGAGAGACUUUCAUAGUGGGGCCGGGCUGAGACCCCACCACCCCUGAGUGCCUUCGUCAGCUCCCCCACCCGCAUCGCAGGACGAUGACCUGGAGCUGAGAACUUUUAUUUUUUUUUUACACAAGUUUUUUCAGAAGCCCUGACCUGAGGAUUUAUAUUAAUAUUUGUCAUUUGUCCUCAAGAUCCCUGUAAUAUGAUUAUGUGUCACCACCCAGACUCUGGUCUACUGGACAAAAGGCUUUAUCCAUCUGGCAUUUGUGGCCUUAUGCAAGACACGUGGCAGGGGAUGCUCAAAGCAGAGAGGGCCACCUGGGGAUUCCUCAAACGCUCCGCGCUCUGGUUCCCAGAACGUCCCUGGAGAACAGCCCCUGGCACUUUUGUCCCACUAUUGCUGGAGGCUGGAUGUGGCACACACUCAUGCACAAAACUGUCCUUCAGUUCCCAGGUCUCUGGGUACGGCAGCCUGGGCUGGGGGAGAACCUCCUCCUCCCUCUGUAAUGUGCUCUGUGAUGCACACACCAAGCGGUAGGAUAAAGUUCAAUGUAUCCUCGUGGAGUAUUGUCUUCCUGGACCUUGCUAGUUUCCUGACCCCAGAAAUCCCCUUUAGGGGUCCAAUCACUAUACCCCCCCAUGCCCUGUAGCUCCCAGACCUCUGAGUCUUGAGCUGGAGGCUUCACCAGACUGUAGCGUCGGGGGGUCUGGCCAGCCUGUGUUGGUUAGUGGACAGCAGCCACCACUGGGCAUGUCAAGGGCUCGCAGUCCCACGACUUACAUCUUUUCUUUGUAGUCCUAAAGACCAAUGCCUUACAAGUAUUUUUGGAAAGGUACCGCUUUUGUGGCAUUUUCUGGGGGGUGGAGGUGGAGGAGGAGGUCACGGUUCCUACAUCCCUCGAAACUAUGCUUCUGUUCAGAGAAAGUCCUUAUUUAUAGAAAUGUGGGCAUAUUCACUCCUGAGCCCUGAAGAGAUGCUGAAUUUUCCUCAAGGGCAUUAAUGGAUUAUCUCCGAUGCGGGACUGGGGCAAGUCUGCAGGCUGCCUGUGCUGAGACCACCCGACAGGCCCUGGGUUCUCAUCCUAGAGCCUUUGCUUGCAGGUCAGAUGCCAGGUCGGGGUCCUGCUUCAGUGGGAAAGCAACUGAGUGGAGGCUAGGAGGGGUCGGGGGAGCGGAGUCCUGCCUUUGCCUGUGCAGAGCUCUCUCCCGUCAAGUGCCCUGACCCGGAGCAGAGGCUGAAUGUAGCAGAAGGCUCCAAGAACUUUGAUGCCUGACCCAAAGGAGGCACACUGCUCCCUACUGGAAAGCGGUGUGACCGCUUGCACAAGGGGACCAAGGGAACGGCCAAGACAGCCGUCAGAGGAAUCUGGGGGAGCAGAGGGGAGACUGAGGGGUCGCACCUGGCAUUUCUCUGUGUUCUUACCUCAUCCUGCGGCAGUCACCGCCUUUUGGGCCGACUCUGUCCCCCGUUAUAUUUGAAUGCCCUACUUUGGAUGCUGUUCUGUUGCAGUUUGUCUCCAAGCCCCUGUCUCCCCGUGUACAGCUGUCCACCCCCCGCCCCUCAGUGUCCUCCCUGCACCCAGAACUUCUCGGGCUGAGCCAGGAGACCUCUGAGCACCGGCCCCACCCCCACACCUGAGUGUCCUUUAUAUUAACUUAUUGGUCCUAUGUAACGCCUACUGCAGUUGCUACACGGCUGUGUCCUCGGCUGCAGGGCUGGAACUGUGUGGGUAUUAAUGUAAAAUACUUCAAUAAAGUCUGUUGUUUGUGAUUGGCUGAACUGAG